AUGCUGUCAUCCUGUCACAGGCUGAUCGUGAGUGAGAGCUGCCUCCGAGUGGCUCCGUGGAACAGCAGAGAGGAGCGUGGGUCACUGGCGCCGCGGGACUCUGUAUGCCCUGCUUCCUCCCUGUCUGCAGUGACUCUCUCUGGACAGGCCAAUUAG